AAAGCGGAUGAAGAGAAUCGUAAUUACAGGUUUUCUACUUGUCCGAGAUGGUCUGAAAAUGUUCAAACCACUGAUUUUUACGUCAAGUCAAAUGUAAAAAAUGAAAUUGAUUUUGAAAAUUUAUUGAAUGAAUAUAAUGAAAAAUGGAAAAUCAAAUCAAAAACUUAUUUUGAUUUUAAGGAACCAGUGAUAUUUUCUAAAAUUGAGAAUACUAUUUCUCAGUGUGUUGAAAAAAUUGAUGAGUGUAAAAAUUUUAAUAAACAAUUUACAGAACAAACAUCAGACAGUUAUAAUGGUGCUGUACGUGAAAAUUAUACAUGGUCACAAACAAUAAGUGAUUUAAAUGUUAUUGUCAAAAUUCCACAAUAUGUGAAAUCAAUUAAUCAACUUAGAAUUAGUGUAGCGUCUGAAAUUAUUAAAAUUGACAUUAAAAAUGGUAAAUUUGAUUAUAAUGAAAUUGAAUGGAUUACACUUUUAAGUGGACAAUUUUAUUUUAAAAUUCGUAAAGACGAAUCAUAUUGGAGCUUUGUUUCUGGACAACAUAUUAUAAUUCAUCUUGAAAAAACUGUAGAACGUUGGUGGGAGGCUUUAAUUUUAGGAGAAGCAAAAAUUGAAUUAGCUAAAAUUGAUUGUACACGAAAUUUAGAUGAAUUGGGAGACGCUGAACAAAUGAAAUUAGAGGAAUUAAUAUGGAAUCAUCAGCAAAAAUUGCUGAAGAAUUCUCAGAAGAAAUAGUAUGUUAUUUUUAAUUUUUAAAUAUUUUAUUUGUAAUUUGCAACUUUGUUAAUUUUUCUAUAUUUCAAGAGAGAAAAUUUUUAUGAAAUGGAAUCAUCAUUUUUGUAAACUUAAAACAUUUUUUUAAAAAUAUAUAUUAACUGGAAAAUAUUUUUUCUAAUAAAUUUUUUAUAAACGUUGAAAUAUUUAGAAUUUCUGUAAAUAAUUUGAAACCAACUAAACAAAUAAAAAUGUUAUUCUCAAUUUGAA